UGUAUCGUCAAAACUGAAAUUGUGGCUCUGGCUCAUUUGAACUGUGUCUCUCUUACCUCCCUGUCUCUCCCGAACUCAGAGCCUUUCAAUUUUGAAAACGUGUCCGCAUUUAAUUGGUCUCAGCAGCUCAUACAUCACCUAAUCCAUUAUCACAGAGCUCCUCCUCCUCCUCUCCUUGGCAGCCAUGGAUGCAGCAUCACUAGCAGCAGCUUCUGCUACAACAAUGAAAGCCGUUAACUUUUUUUCAACUCCAAUUACCCAAAGAAUAGCUACCCACCCGACUACAUUAACCUCUCCAAUUCCUCACACUAAACCAAACGUACACGCUCUCUGUCUCCCAAACUCUAACCCUAGAAGCAGAGCCAUUUCUCUGAUAACUCGAUGCUCCAUAAAGCCAGACACGGACACGACUGACAACGAGAAAGAACAGAAUUCGACCGUUGAACCCAAUUUAAAUUCAGAACCGACAAACCCAUCAACGCCCUUUUCAAAUGAUGCACUCUCUUCUCCUAUAUCAACCUCAUUUUCUUCUUCUAAUACCAAAGGAUUGGUGUUGGGUUUGGGCUUUGAAAAUUCAUGGGACAGUGCAGAAGUUGGGUCACCAGUUGUGAAGAGGUUCCUGGGUGACGAGGAAGAGAGAUGGUACAUGUGGUACUAUGGGAAGUCCAGUUCAAAUCCAAACCCAGGUUCGGAUUCGAUUGGAUUAGCAGUUUCAAGCAAUGGGGUUCAUUGGGAACGAGGAGUUGGACAAGUUCAAUCGAGCCAGGAUGUGGGUGCGGUGAUCAAUUGCGGCAAAGAUUGGUGGGCAUUUGAUACUCAGAGCAUUAGGCCUUCUGAGGUAGUGGUCAUGUCCAGUUCAAAGGUCAGAGCUUCCAGUGCUGUUUAUUGGCUCUAUUACACUGGCUACAGUGCUGAGGAGGCAGAGAAUAUUUCUAAUCAUUCUCAAGAAAUCAAUUUGGAGAACCCAGAAAGGUUCCUUCUUGAUGGUUUGAUCAGUGAUAAAAAUGGUGGGAUUGGGAAGAUUUUCAAGUCUUUGCCUGGUUUGGCAAUUAGUCAAGACGGGAGGCAUUGGGCUAGAAUUGAAGGGGAGCAUCACAGUGGGGCUCUGUUUGAUGUGGGGUUGCAAGGAGAGUGGGAUUCUUCAUUCAUUGCUGCACCUCAUGUUGUUUUCCAUGAAAGUGGUGAUCUUAGAAUGUAUUACCAUUCAUUUGAUUUGGAGAUGGGAAAUUACUCAAUUGGGAUGGCAAGAUCAAGGGAUGGGAUUAAGUGGGUGAAAUUGGGGAAAAUAAUAGGGGGAGGAAGAAGUGGUUACUUUGAUGAGUUGGGAGCAAUGAAUCCAUGUGUAGUGAGGAACAGGAAAGAUGGGGAGUAUUUGAUGGCAUAUGAAGGUGUUGGUGGUGAUGGUGGGAGGAGCAUCGGUUUGGCUGUGUCCCCAGAUGGGUUGAAGGAUUGGACAAGGUUGAAGGAUGAUGAGGUGGUUUUGAAGGCCUCUGAGGAUUGUGGAUGGGAUAACAAAGGGGUUGGAUCUCCGUGUUUGGUUCAGAUGGAUGGGGAGGAAGAUGAGUGGAGGUUGUAUUAUAGAGGUGUUGGGAUUGAGGGAAGGACUGGGAUUGGAAUGGCAGUUUCAGAAGGGAGUGAUGUUACAAGGUUUAGGAGAUGCGCAGGAUUUCAUUUGUAAUAUAUAUGUUCAUUGCCAUAUUUGUGUUACUAUCAACGUGGGAUCAGAUGGAAUCAAUUGUUUGCU